AUGUCCAACGAAAGCAUAGACCCCAUUGACCCAGUCCGCACUAAGCGAAUCCUCCCACCUCCUCGCUACUACUCCCAGGACAGCUCACUGAAUGACCCGGAGUAUACAGAACGCUCACGCUCACGGUCUCGAUCUCCCUCCCCCGUCCGUGCCAGCAGAUCUGGUACACCAGAUACAAACGAAAGCGAUGUUGAAUCGAUCCACCGAGACCUGAGCAGCUUCAAUCCACGCCUGGAGGUAGAAUACGGUGGUGACUUUACCUCUGCAAUAUCUAGAUUAAAACAGUGGCUCCAUCAGAAGGCCUCCGCGCAACGACAACGCUCAACCGCAGAAACGCCUCCCACCAAUCCAAGCGGCCCGUCAUACACCCAAAGAGGCCCUCAGUCAUAUCAAUCGUAUGCAGAAGACGUCCCAGAAGAAACUGAUAGAACUUUUCACGACGACACUGACUCUCUCUUUGACAUCGGAGGCGAUGAUGAGCCGAGCGCAGAGGCCCGAGGCGAGAGAGUCGGCGCUGGGGGCAAAGGGUCGGAAGGUUACGAGGCGAGUCGAGGAAGAGGUCUUGAUGAAAGUUCAGCCAGCACUCCCCGUAGUCUCACAUUUGACGACUUUCUGCCAAAAUCCGCUUUUGGCAACCAUCCACCACCCCCUGAUCCCUCCCGCUCACACUCUUCUCCUAAACCAGACCCAUACCUCAUGAGCGGCGCGCUUCCUGACGUGAGACGGAAUAGAUACGAAGACGUCGAUGAUGAUCCGCUUGUCAAAAUUUGGAGACGUACCAAGCCCAAAGAAGACAGUGAUCACGAAUAUCGAGGGAGGAGCAGAAGCAGGUUUACCGAUGAGAGAUCGAAAGUCGCGGAGGAAGAGCCGAGGUCCAGAAGAAGAUCGUGGUCAAGGGGGCGUAGCCGGAGUCGAUCGAGGAGCAGUCUUGGGGAUACGACUGACGGUACAGAAUCGCGCCAGUCUCCACCACCGCUCACUGAGGCUUCCCGUCGAGACAGGCUGAGGGAUAUGCUAGGACUACCGAGGCUAGACAUUCAGCCCCCGCCACCUCCUGUCGAGACGCCGCAGUGGGAUCCUCCAGCGCCAUCUACUCUAUGGGAGAGAUUUACCGAGACUGGAGUCGAGACAAACUUAUAUGCUCGUGGUGAAGCGGUUGCAAGAAGAAUGAUAAUGGAAAGCCAAAUGUCUCAAAUGUCCCAAAUGAACGACACAUAUCCCAGUAGCAUGCCUAGCAGCCGCUUUGGACCCCCAUCACAAUUCGGCUAUGGUAUGGACGACUAUAAUUCUUGGCAGCCACAGUCACGACCAAGCUUUGUUCAGCCCCCACUACCGACCUUUCCGCAAUCCUGGAAACCCUCAGGACCAAUCUUCUCGCAAUUCGGGCAACCCUCAAGGCCAAGCUUCUCGCAAUUCGGUGGGCAGCCUCAGUCACGACCAAACGUCUCGCGAUACUCACGUCCGCCUUUCCGUCAGAGCUUUCCAACCCCACAGCAGCAGCGCUUCUCCGAUACGUGGGAAGACGACGCAUCAGAUACCGCAGCCGAAACUGAGGAAGACUAUUACGAUCCGCACAUGCCUCCACAGCGACGACCUGUCAGGUUUGGUGGAACACCUUCACAAUCAUUUGGCACGCCAACACCAAGACCUUCGUUUGGGCUCCAGUCAUACAACAGAUCAACAGGUCUACGUAGCGACCAAGAGCCGCCGUUCAUGCGUCAGCCACCUCCUCCGGGUACAUCGAUCCCGGGCUACGGUGUAUAUACGGAGGACAAUCGAUUCAUACCUAGUGCCAUGUCUGGGCAAUCGCAACGGCCAAUGCCCUUUGGUGGUGGGUCGAGGGAUUUCAGUAGAUAUUAA